AUGGCAGUUUUUAAACGGAACUCUGCAAACGUUGAUUUCAAUUCAUCAGUGAAAGAUGGCCAGGAAGCCAUUUUCACAAUUCAAGCUUACAGCAACUUGGCUUACCAGCCGGAUGAGAUUGAACCGGGUUCAUCUACCACAGAAACAGCGGAUUCUGGUGUUACAUGCUCGUCAAAUCGUCAGCCGUCUUCAGGUACUACACCUCCGCCGACUCUGAAGAAGUCCCUCAAUCUCUUCCACUGUACAGCUGUCAUGGUUGCCGUCACAGGAAACAUCUCCAUCUUUAUAUCAGCUGGCGCCAUCGUAGGGUCUGCUGGAUCCAUUGGAGCCACCCUCGUCGUGUGGCUUGUAGGCGGACUAAUCAACAUGGGCAUGGCAUUGUGCUAUGCAGAACUGGGUGCCAUGUUUCCGUACGCAGGGGAUUAUGCGUAUGUCUUGAAUGUCCUUGGUCCCUUGCCAGCGUUUCUGAUAAUGUAUGGGCAAGUAACAUUCAUAGUAGGACCAAGCUGGGCCAUUCAGGCCUACACAUCGGCCUUGUAUAUCGCCAACGCCGUCUUCCCUGGCUGCGUGACCGAGGAUGUUGAGUUAGGGAUUAAGUUACUUGCUUGCUGGAUCCUUGUGACAGUGGUCGUCUUAAACUGCACGUUCAUAAAGUUCGUGACCAAGGUUCAGACAUUUCUGUCCUCUACGAAGAUGCUUGCCCUCCUUAUCAUCAUCAGUGGCGGCCUUGCUGUCUUCGUACAAGGCAAAGCAGACAACUUUGAGAAUAUAUUUGCUGACACCUCGAGAGAGCCGGGAGAGCUUGCUGUCACCAUCAUCUAUACCUCGUUUACAUAUGGAGGAUGGCAGGCCAUGCUGUCAUUGGCAGAAGAGGUGAAAAAUCCUGGAAGAGAUCUCCCAGGUUCAAUAUAUAUUGGCUUCACCAUCGUCAUCAUGAUGUAUGUCCUGGCAAACGUCGCCUACUUCACCUUGAUCAGCCCCGCUGAGAUGUUGCAGUCGGACGUCGUGGCGCUGAUGUUUUCUCAGCGUCUGUACGUCCCCAUCUCCAUCGUCAUCUCUGUCCUCGUCGCUACAUCGUCAACAGCAGCCCUCAAUGCUGCCGUUAUGGGACAUUCCAGGGUUGUGUUUGCUGGUUCAAGGGCUGGCCAUAUGCCCCUGAUCCUCGGCAUGAUUCACCCAAAGUACCUCACACCAUGGCCUGCCACUUUUGUACUGCUUUCCUGGGGGCUGAUCGUGUUGUUCACAGGCGAUUUAACAACCAUGAUGGCCUACAUCGGCUUCUUCAGCAACAUGGCAGGCACCGUCGUCGUCAUGCUGCUUCUGUACCUACGAGUGAAGAAACCAAGCGUUAACAGACCGUACAAGACAAUGCUGUGUGUGCCUAUUGCCCAGCUGAUGAUCAACCUGGCUGUACUGGUGAUGGCCACCUAUCAGCGUCCACAUCAGAUGGGCUUCGCACUUGCCAUCCUGGCGGCUGGUGUCCCACUGUACUGGGUCGGAGUGCUGUGGAAGAACAAACCAAAAGAGUUCACCAACAUUGUCGAGAUCCUCACAGUGUUAGCUCAGAAGGUUCUGGUGGUGGUAAAGGCGCGAAACGGAGAACACUCGGCGGGUAAAGGCGCCAAAGAAUGACAGCAGCUUCCAGUUUAAUCGUGGAAUACAUGAAUUUAUAUGGUGAUAAAAGAUGAUGGCACAGACUAUUGGUACUUUUUGCUAUCAUCCUCGAGUAUCCAGUGCGUCUUUCUCUUUGGGGGGC